AUGGGAGAGUGGUCAACUGCUGGUUGGACGUGGGGUAAUUUAGGGAUUCAGACAAACGCGACGGAGGGGCAGUUUCAGCAGCUGCGGCAGGAGCUGCAAUCGCUGCAUUCCCUGUUGGAGCGUUUCAGUCCGGUGGCUGGAACAGUUGACUCCAUAGUGUGGAUGCCGAAUUCGGAGGGAGAUUACUCAACAAGAAGCGAAUACGAUAUUUUGGCUUUGUUACGUUUUGGGGAAGCAUGGAGCAAUUCUUCUCCUUCGUGUUUCUCGGUGAUUUGGGAAGCCCCGUUCCCUCAAAGAAUUAGAGCUUUCGGCUGGAGAUGUGCGCAUAAUCGUAUACCACCCAAAGAGGAGUUAUCUUUUAGAGGUAUUAAUCUCUCUGUUAAUAAUCUUCUAUGUGUUUAUUGUGCGGAGGUUGUAGAAACGUGUGACCAUCUUUUCUUGGGCUGCACCUUUGCUAAAUUAAUGUGGUUGGAGGUUUUUGAUUGGCUGGAUGUAUCGGCGAAUUUAGGAGGGGAAUUGGUCUCUAGCUUGGGCCUCUGGAUUCAGGAAUGCAGGAAUAAAGGAAUCAAGAAUGGGUUCGCUAGCAAGGUUUGGUUGGCGGUUCUAUGGAGCUUGUGGUGUUAUAGGAACGAUAUAGUCUUCAACAACGUUAAAGCUUGCCCCUCGGACUUGGGUUGGAGUGUCAAAUUUAAGGUUUGGAAAUGGUCUUGUGCCGGUAAUAUUACCUAUUCCAAGUGUGACUAUUACGAUUUUUGUAAAAAUCCUUUGUUUUUUGAAGGAUAG